UUUACGAUCGUACUGCCUCCUAGUGGUAGGCUCUUCCAUUUGUCGACCAUUUGUAAACAUGGCUCCGACUAUCGCGAAAAAGACUAAAGGACCGGCCAUCAAAAAACAAGCCCUUCGGGGUAAAGGCCAAAAGAAAAAGGUAUCCCUUAAGUUUACCAUUGACUGUACACAUCCUGCAGAGGACAACAUUAUGGACGUAGCCAAUUUUGAAAAAUACUUGCACGAAAGGAUCAAAGUUUCAGGCAAAACCAAUAACUUUGGUAACAGUGUUACACUGGAACGCGAUAAGAUGAAAUUGUCCGUCAAUAGCGAUAUCGACUUCUCUAAGCGGUACCUUAAGUAUUUGACAAAGAAGUAUCUGAAGAAAAAUAAAUUGCGUGAUUGGUUGCGUGUCGUUUCAAAAGACAAAGACACCUACGAAUUAAGGUACUUCCAGAUUAACAGCCAAGAAGACGACGACGAAGAAGACGCAGAAUAAACUUCUAUACACAAUUACAGAAACAUCUGUACAUAUUUCUAUUAAUAAA